UUCUAAAAACAUACCAAUCCUCAUUGGGAAGAAGUAUGAUCAACUCUUCAGUAACAUGACGUUAACAAGGACAAAACCAAACUGGAUCUUCACGCUCAUUCUUACAUUUCACAUCACGUCAGUUCAACUAGAAGGUUUUCACAAAUCAGAUUUGAGGGUCUUGAUUGUUGGAGGCAAAAGUUCUGCCCAGCUUUCAGUUGUAAACACUCUCCUCGGAAGGAAAGACAGCCGACAGGAGGACAGACAGAUUAUAAAGUAUGUAAUAAUUGAGAAUGAGGGUCGUGAAAUGAUGCUGGUCACCGCACCAAACCUCUGUGAGAAGAAUCCAGCGAGUCGGGACUUUAAAACAGCUCUGACGCUCUCUUCUCCUGGACCUCACGCUGUUCUGAUCACCCUCAAUCUGGACGAUCUACAAUCUGAAGGGUGUGAUCUCCUCCAACAAGUCCAGGAGCAGCUGGGAGCACAAGUUCUGCGGCACUGCAUCGUUGUUUUACUCGGCAAAAAUGACCCUAACAGUAUCCCGGUGCCAUGGAGAAUGAGGGUUGGAGAACUUAUCAAUGACUGUGGUGGCAGAUUUCUGGUAAUCAAUGAUUCUGACCCCAGAUCUGCUCAAAGAGCAGCGCUUGUAGAGAAAAUAGACAAGUUGGUUUGGAUCACUGGAGCCGGAUUUCACUUCACGCCGACUAAGAGCGUACAGAAAUUAAUGUCCGAAAGGUUGGAGCUUUUGAAAAGGCUACAGUACAUAGAGAGCAUACUUAAACAAGGAAUGAUCAAUCCAGAUGGAAAUGAAGAUCCUAUGUCUGUGAUAUAUCGCACUUUAGGAACAGGGGCUGGAAUUCUCUCAUGGAUUCUGCUGAAAGCUGUUAUUGUUUACACUGAAGGGAGGCACACAGAUCUGAAGUGGUUGGCCAGAUUUGUUGCACUUGUCCUGGUUAUGGUCACUUUAAGACAUGUUCUGCGUCCAGACUUUGUUUAUCCUCUAAAUUUGGUCUUAUGUUCCACCCUGGCAAAUGUCUUAACAAAGAUUCUACCUCAGUACAUGAAUAUUGACCGUAGGUUAUCAAUCAAAGAUAUUUUAAUACAUCAAAUGGACUAUCAUGUCCUGUUUUGUGUUUGUGCAUUUAUGGGAUGCAUUGUAGGAUUGUUUGUUGGAACAAUAAUGCAUGUAAUGACAGAGUCCAAUAUGUUGCUUUCCACUCCUGGAGUUACACUGGGAGAUUUAGUUUUCUGGGGUUUGUCAUUCAAAUUUCACAAAUUCAGGGAUGAAAUAACCAUCAAAGUUGUGCUUGUCUCAUUUCUGUGUUCAAUGUUGGUGACGGAAAUCUCAAUGGGGUGUGUGUUUUUUGUGUUUGGUGUGAAGAUUGUGAUAGUUCUGCUCAUUGGCACAUUUACAUGUGAACGGUUCAGCUUACGGAAGGAAAGGUGGAUGCUUCUUAUCUUUUCGAUUUUGAUCUUAUUGACUUUUUCAUAUACUUGCGUGUUUGUCAAUUCUACGAUUUGUAUUUCAGACAUGAUGAUGACUUCUUUCACAGCAUUUUGGGAAAAUGUGCUGAGCGCUCUCGUGUUUUUCGCCGCUCUGAGAACAUGCUGUUUCUGCGUUUAAACGUGAAGUGUCAUUUUUCAUACCUCAUAUCACACCCUAAUAUUCAGAGUCAACUAUAAGUAAUGACACAAUAUUUAUUCUUGUUUAGUUUGUUUAGUUUAUUGUAGACUAUAUGGGUAAUUUCUUGUUUUGUGUUAUUUUUCAAAUGAGUCUUUUAUUCCUCUGUGUCCUGUUAUUGUUUCAUUUGCAUAUGUACUGCACUUUGGUUUACACUAGUGUUCUUACAUGUGCUAUAUAAAUAAAUUGACCUUGACACAAUGCGUUACUGAAUAUUUGAAGGAAGCACAUCAGCUGAGGAAGUUUUAAACACUGGACAUCUGAACUAUGUGAACUUGUGAAACAGUGUUUACAGUAUUUAGAGUUAAAGAUGA